ACAUCUGGAAAUGCUGCCUUAUCCAGUUGCACCUACAUCCUUUCUAAAGGAUGUCUGUUAAUUAUUAAGUGGGCUUUUAAGGCCACAUGAGGAGCUGACUCCUCCAGUCCCCUCCACCCUGGAGGAGGGCGCUCUAUGUUCACUUUGCAGCCCGUUUGGGGAGGUUGUGUUGUGCAAGUGAAGGCUAGAAGACAGCCGUAGUGCUCCCGGUUCUCCCAUUUAAACCGUCCACAGUGACAGACCGGAUCACCAGCGGCAUCACAGCAUCCAGCAGACAUGGAUUUCUCAAUCCGAGCAGCCAACGUGGAGGACUGCAAGGACAUCGCUCGGAUGAUCAUGGAAUUGGCAGAAUACGAGAAAAUGGCAGACCACGUGAAAGUCACUCAGAGAGACUUGGAGCAAGAUGGCUUCUCCAAGAACCCGUUUUUUCACGGGAUCAUCGCUGAGGUGCCAGAACAGCACAAAACCAAAGAAGGGCAUACGAAGAUAGGCUAUGCACUUUACUUCUAUUCCUACAGCUCAUUUAAGGGCAGAGCCAUUUAUAUGGAGGACUUGUACGUGAUGCCUGAGUUCAGAGGGAAGGGCAUUGGUAAAGCACUUAUGAGCAAGGUCGCACAGCUGGGUCUGGCCGCCGGCUGCAACCAGCUCAGCUUCACCGUUCUGGACCGGAACAAAUCAUCUCUGGAAUUUUACCUGAGCCAGGGCUGCUUCGAUAUCACAGCUAAUAUGGGCUACCACUGUAUGCGCUGUGAGGGAGAGGCGCUGGAGCACCUGGCCCAACCUUAACCCAACGUCAGGCUCAUGACCUUGUGACCUUUGCAGCCAUGAGGUCAAUCCACACAGUGCAGGGAUAGAGCACCACUCUGUGGCCCCUUUCCAAAACUAGACAAUGACAAUCGUCAAGCCAAUUUUAAAGUAACCGACUGUUUGCUAAGCCUUGCUCCUCUUUAAGUCAUUCUACAAUGUGUGGCAGAUUUACUACUCAAAAUGUUUGAUCCUUUCUCAAACAACGGGCCUUUUACAAUAGAAUAGAAAUGCUGUACUGAUUAAAUUCUGCAAAUUUAUUUCAUACAGAAGAACACAAAAGCAGCAGUGUCACUUCCAUUCAACCACCAUCUUUUCUAGUCAGCUGAAAUGACAACAACAAGCAGAUUAUAUUACUUGUAGUUAACUAAUGUUGACAAGUUAGCCAACACCAACUAUGUUAAUAGAGAGUUUCAGCUGACUGACUCAAACAAGAAUGUUGCAAAAACAUUCACAUAGUGGCUACAUACAGUACAUGAUAUAAUGAAAAUGCUAACAUGUGCUCCAGAUAUUUUUUUUUAACAUGCAAGACAUUUAAUUAUUCCUUAUUUAGAAGAAGCACAAUGUCUCACAGUCAAGAAGGCAGAUCUUUUAUUGUUUGGGCUGUUGUGAAAUGCUAACUUGGAUGGCAUUGCUAUAUUAAAAACUUUUUCUGUUUUCCCACCAAAAAAUGAGAAAACGGAAAGAGUUUUUGUUUUACUUUUUUAAACCUACAAUCCCAUUUUUCCACUGUUAGUUAACUUUGAAAAUCAAAUGGAACAAAAUGAAAUCUGGUUUUGACCUGCAUAUACUUCUACAGUAUGAAGAAACUGGACAAUCACUGUUUGGGACAGAAAUUUAGCAAAUGGUCAUUUAUCUUAAUAUAUAAUUCCAGGAUGCAGUUCUAAGUAUUGGAAUGGGGCCUAUGCAAUACAUUUAAAUAGUACAUUACAGAGACACUGAAAUUAGUGUUUUCUGUUGUUCCCUUGUGAUGUGUUAUGAUUUUAGUGGUAAAUGGAUCAGGUAAUCUACCCACAGUGUGAAAAAAUUAGAAGAUAUGGUAAUAGUAAAAGUGCGAUUAAAUGUGUGUAUGUAGUGGGACUUUUAGAGAAAGUCUUGACAUUAAGUGUAAAUCAUCAUUAUCUAGAAAUUAAAUGUUUUUUUGCACAAAGAUCCACAUAAACCUUAUGGAAUCAAAGUCGAGAUGCAUGUUUCACCGUAUGACUGUUGUAAAAAUUGAGUUUUAUUUGUCCUAUCCCUUUAAAUUUACUGUAAACUAUGACAACAGCAACCAAAGAGGCAGUCUACUCGAGCCCUCGUCUUCCACAUGAGGAGUGCUGUACAGUUGUUGUAAAGCACAAUGUUGAUAUUUGCACUGUUUUCUUCCUUUAAAGCUCGGUAUGUAUAAGAUUUUCGUAUUGAAACUGUGCACUGAAAGAAUCAGUUGAACUCGACCUUAAACCUCCUUCCAUGCAGCCAAACUCUUGGGGUUAGUUUUGAAGACAUGGAUGAAGCUUAGAAUCAAACAGAAAAACAUCCAUCUGGUGGAAUUUAAAAAAUAAAAGUUGUUGGACUGGGAUCUGUCCAACAUCGUUGGACCUGUCCUGCUGAAGUGAAAGUGGCAGAAUUCUGGUCUGCACUUCUGUUUUAUAUUCUGUCUCAUUUUUGGUUUUGUUUUUUUUAGGUGUUUUGUGUCAUUUCCAGCAAUCUAAUGAAAACAGGCUGAGUCGUGGGUUAUAUUUAGUUUGUUUUCUUUCUCUCUAAACAAGUAAAAACCACUGACCCUUCUCUGUAACUUCUGCAAUUUAACUUUUGUGUUCAGACUUUGUUUGCAAGAUAAUUCAGGAAAGAAUGUGUGGUAUUUUUUUUUUUUUCCAUUUUAGGACAUCAAAUCUAUGUAUCUGUUGCUUAAAUGUGCAAAAUCUACUGACUGCACUGCCUUCAUCAGUGUGCAAAAGUACGUUUAAUGUGCUUGAACAAAAUGCAUACCUCCAAAAAUGAAUAGGGAACAUGAGGAUCAAUUUAAAUUCUCUUCUGCAACUUCCCAUCAGAAUACAAGACCAAGAGCUAUAAAUCAUACAAUUAGUGACUGUGUUCCCAACAUGGAUUCCUCAAAGUAUUUCAAAAUCACAGUUCAACUUUGGUUUCUGUCAAUUCCAGCUGCAAUAAAUCUCUGAAGAGCAACUUUGCAUCCGAAAGACAACAACAGCAUGAACAGACAGUUAAGUAUUUGAGGCAUUUAUUCAGAUCUUAGUGUGGUGGAUGUGUCUGUAAUUUCUACAUGGUGUCACAAUCCGUGUAAGUAGACACGACAACCAUGUUCAUGCUCUUAAAUUUCCACAGCUGUGCUGCUGUUUAGUUGUUAGGAUGGACCUUCGUAUACCCAUACAUGUUCAAAAUCACAUUGUGAGAUAUGUAUUUGUGUGUUUUCAGAUAUUUUAUACAGCCAGUACUGUUCUCUGCCAACGGAGACAUCAGUUCUAACAUGUUCGUCCUGUUUUUGUCUCAAAUGGUUGAAGUUGGGUGGAAACCUUGUGAAUCCAAAGUAAACUUUGACUUCUCUUAGACUUCAUUCACAGAGUUCUAAAGGGCUUCGUUUGAUCAAAAAAAAAAAAAAAACAAACUCACAAAAGGAGUAUGAAAUCCCUCCAAUGAAGUUAAAAUCACCAGAAAAAGGAUUCAUAACUUUUUCACAUGACAUCAGCCAAAUGCUUGAUGCCAUGAUUUUGGAAACAAAAAUGAAGCUGCUAGAAUUUUGUGUUAUUUCUGAGACAAAAAAAGAACUUGACACAUUAGAGAAUACAAAAAGCCAUGUUACUGUACAUUCAGCCCUGAACCUGCAUGACAGUCAAACGUUGACUUCAUUAAAGUAUCAUAGGCUUCCUGUUGUCUCCCAUACUUGAAAACCAGACGUGUGUUUUACUGUUUACCUGUAUACUUGUUUGACUUCUCUACUGAAUUUACACUGAUCAAAUUAAUAAAAUCUGUCAGACUGCA